CCUCCUCAAAAGCCUCCUCCUCGUCUCCAUCCGAUCUCAGUGUGUCUGGGACUCUAACCCGCAUCAGUCACUUGUCGCGGACCGGGAGCACCAUGAUUGGGGUUUCUUCUCCUUUGUUUCUUCUGUUACUACUAACGGCUGUCAUCGCGCGGAUCGCUAGCUCUGGAGACAAUCUGGUCAGAAAAAAAAGAGAAUGGAUUCUCCCUCCGAGGCCUCUGAUGGAAAAUGAAGACUACACCCAACAGGAUUUUAUUGCUAAGAUCCGCUCAGAUGCUGAAUCUUCAAUGGACAUUGAAUACGCUCUAGAAGGCAUCGGUGCAAAUGAAAGGCCAUACGGUCUGUUCAUAGUGGACCCUAAGACUGGAUUUAUUAGGGUGACCAAAGUGCUCGACAGGGAGGUGAUCGACACGUACAAUUUGUCAGGUGUCGCUAAGUACAAAGACGGCCGCCAUGCAGAGAAAAAAAUUGACAUACGGAUUAAGGUUGUGGAUGUUAACGACAACCCGCCAGUGUUUGGAGACAUCAAACCAGGGAGUGUGAAGGAGCUUAGUGCUGCCGGGACUUCAGUUAUGAAAAUAACUGCAACCGACGCUGACGAACCAAAUAACCCAAACUCCCAAAUCGCCUAUAGCCUCUUAGAACAGAACCCGCCUCAUGACAUGUUCGAAAUAAGAAAGGAUGGGACCAUCUACGUAAAGAAUUCUGCCCUGGACAGAGAGAGAGCUGAUCAAUACAUUCUGAAGGUAAAAGGUCAGGACUUAAACGGCGGAUUCGGGGGACAUAGUGCAACCAGCACGGUUACUAUUAAUGUCGAAGAUGUGAACGACAACCAUCCCACUCUGGAAAAAAAACAGUUUUCGGGCUCAAUUGACGAGAACACAAAGAAUGUGGAGGUGAUGAGGAUCAAAGCCCAGGACCUGGACCUGAAGGCCACAGAUAACUGGAUUACUGUGUUUGACAUUGUCAAAGGCAACGAGGCUGGGUACUUCAGCAUCAAAACCGACCCCAUCACCAACGAGGGCAUCCUCAUGCUCGACAAGGAGGUGGAUUAUGAGGAUGUGAAGGAUCUUAAACUGGGACUAGCUAUAAGAAACAAGGCUCCAUUUUUUGAUGGAUCAGGGCCAGAUGCCAUUGAUUUAAAUAUGUCAGGAGGGGGAGGAGGGGGAGGAGGUGGCGGAGGGGGAGGAGGGGGAGGAGGAGGGGGAGGAGGUGGGGGGGGAGGGGGUGCUUCUUCUUCAAGUGGUGCUAGCGGGGGAGGAGGCGAAUAUGAAAUCAAUAUCAAGGUGAACAAUCAGCGCGAGGGAGCAAGUUUCGAUCCCAAAGUAAAAGCCAUCCCCGUCUCAGAGGGCGGUGGCACCUUCGACAUGAAUCAGGUGAUUGGCACCUACUGGGCAACAGAUGGAGACACUGGGAAACAGGCAGAGAAUGUCAGGUACGCCAAGGGCUGGGACCCUGACAACUGGCUGACCAUCGACCCAAAGACGGCGCAGAUCAAACUGAACAAGAUGCCUGAUAGAGAAUCUCCAUACCUGGUCAAUGGGACAUACAUGGCCAAAGUGCUGUGCAUCUCAGACGACAUGCCUUCUAAAACAUCCACUGGCACAAUAGCCAUCCAGGUGGAAGAUUUUAAUGACAACUGUCCCAUCCUGACAAACGACAUCGAGACCAUCUGCACCCCGGUUGAUGCAAUCAUUGUGAACGCUAGAGAUGAGGACGCUUUCCCAAACGGGGCUCCGUUUGACUUUGCCAUCAUCCCAGAGGAAACUCAGGGAAAAUGGCAGGUGGAGAAUUUCAAUGAAAGUGCAGUUAUCCUGAGGGCCGUGGGGGCCGUAUGGCCCGGCUCCUAUGAGGUGAGCUUGCUGGUGAAGGAUCAGCAGGGGCAGGCCUGUCCACAACCACAGAAGGUGACGGUCCAAGUUUGCACCUGUGAGGACGGGGUGACGUGUGGAACACGGGGCGCGGGUGGUCAGCCCAGCAGGUGGGCGAAGUUUGGACCUGCUGGCAUCGGACUGCUUUUCCUGGGCCUGCUGCUGUUGCCAUUGCUCCUUCUGAUGCUGCUCUUCUGUCAAUGUGGGGGGGUUGGGGGCGUGAACGGGGACUUUGCUGAGAUACCUUUCGCAUCCAAACCACACAUCGUUAACUACCACACUGAGGGCCAGGGGGAGAACACGGAGGUGCCACUCAUGAUCAUGCCAUCACCAAUUGAUGAAAAUACAAGCACCAUCAGCAAAGGCAUGGGCAGGAGUGGUUCAAGGAUAGAGCCUAGGCCCCUUCAGCAAGUUGACGGCUGCGGAUCUGGUGGCUUUAGAGAAAGAACAUGGAUACAAGGCUUGUCCAAUGGCUCUCACUAUGAGAGAAGGGAAUCCAGAGUAGGUGGAGGAAUGUUUGACGGCAUGGCUCUGCAAGACCAGUUCCUGGGACAGUACUACACUCAGAAAGUGACCAGUGAAAACGAGAACCUUGGACUGAAGGACAGUCUUCUGGUCUUUGACUACGAGGGCCAGGGCUCCUCUGCUGGCUCAGUGGGCUGCUGCAGCCUCUUGGAGUCUGACAACGACCUGCACUUCCUCGAUGACCUCGGGGCAAAGUUCAAGACCCUGGCUGAGGUGUGCAGCGGCAAGAAAAUCCCAACCCAAGUCAAACAAGUGUUAACUCCUCUGCCCAGUGCUUCCAUCAACACUCAGACCUCAGUAUCAACGUCAAUGACCAGCCAGCAGCAGCCCCCUCCGCCCAAGCUGCAGCCCACCGUUGCCCGGACUGUGGUCCGGGAUUCAUCUGAGCGUUCUCAGGUGAUCAAGGAGAGCACGGCCACAGUGAGGCAAGGGAUGACUGUGGCGGACGAAGGGAUGUUGAAUCAAGGCCAGAUGGUCCUUCUACAGCCGCAGCAGCAGCAGCAGAUCUACUACACCACCGGCCCGAUGCUGCAGCCGGCGCACUUCGUAGUCCAGCCACAGAUUCAGAACACCGUCCUGCUGGCAGAAGCACCAGCCACCAACCUACAGAGCAUGGUGAUGGUUAACGGUCUGCAGACUGGACCUGCCCAAGGCAUGGUUGUUCAGGGGCAGACGAUGAUGUCCGGUGGACAAGCCCAAGGCCCCCACAUGGUGCUGGUGGAGAGCUGUGGAAUCCAGGGGGGCGGUGGCAACGUGAUCCACAAUGGGACUCUCUCUGGCUCCCAGACGAUGAUGAUGGUGGAGAGCAAAGUCCCUGCAGGGUCAAUGAGCUAUGUGCAGGGCGGCACUCUGCAGGGCGGCACCCUGCGGUCAGAAGGGCUUUCGGGGUCCCAGAGGGUCCUGGUGGCUGGAGGGUCAACAAGCAGCGGCGGGCCACUGGUCCAGGUGGCAGGAGGGCUGUCCCAGAGGAGUGUUGUCUCCGGUUCUCAAAGAGUCCACCACAGCAAAGACAGCCCAGCCACUGGCUCUCAGAUCAACAUGGUGCGCUCCUCCACUACCACAGUGAAUUCAACCCCCACCUACCGCAAGGUGAUGGUGCAGGAGACCAGAGAGAGACACUGAAUAUAGAGUGUCAGGACAAUCGUGGACCUUUCCAAGGAUGGCAUUGAGACUGUCCCAUUGGCCUGGUCCUGCUGGUGAUGGGAUGCUUGUGGGACACAACUAAUGCAAGACAGCUAAUGGAGAGAGGGCGGGUUCCUCAUCGGCUCUCUGUGAUGACACACAGCAGCACAUCUGCAGUCCCCCACGCUUACAUUCUAGCACUAGUUUCAUCUUUACCAGCAGCUCUAAAGCCAUCUGUUGGUCUACAAAAUGUACCCACCAGAUUCUGCUCUCGGAGGUUUAAACGUGUGUGUGGGCGUGAAGGUGUUUAUCAUGUACGGCGGGAGGCAUCAAUGACAACAGUCUAAGUCACCAGAAAACCAGAAGCCCCGCCCUCUCUCAGAACUCAAACCGUUUUGUGGGUGCAGCUCUUGUGGAUGUAAUUUUUUUUUCACGUUUGCCUUCUGUUGCAGCACUUUGACAUGACACAUAAUCAAGUUCUGUAUACAAUACGUAGUCUCAGGUUGUUAUAUUUCUCUAUAUCAUACGCUGUUGUAUUCAUUUGCACCAUUUUUAUUCUUAGUUCAAAAUUAAAAUAUUCAUAUUCAUAUUUUCUGUUACCUUCAUAUUAGUAAAGUUCUUCAUGUUUCUGGGGUAGAACGUAUGUUCAAAGAGAAUGUAGUAAAAAGGAUAAUGUAAAAAAACUGUAUAAGGUCAACUAUGAAUGAACACAAUUUAUAAUAAAACCGAAAUCUUCAUAUUCA